AUGGCACACAGCCCAGGCGACGUCCAGGUCUCGUUGCCUCCGCCCAAUCCGCUGCCGACCUUCUCGACAGAUCCCGUCCCGGAUGACGACCCGAAUGCCUUCGUCCCUCGUACCGCCAGCCUCAACUCCAUCUCCCAAGACCGCGAUGCCAGGCCCGGCUCCCCCGGAGUCAAGAGGACCAUCUCCGACGCCAGUCUCCCGGGCAAGUCGCAGUCGCCCUCCAAAGAGAACCUCCCCACGGGCAAAGACCUCUUUCGACGCGUGACGCUCCGCUCUCCCUCCCGCAAGUCCAAGGCCGCAGUCUCUCGUGGCACUGUCUCUACGGAGGAAUUGAACGACGCCGCGGGUGCCGGGGGUUCGGAUGACACCACGCUGAAAGAAAAAUCUCACAACGUGGCCGCUGGGAGCAGCAGCAAAGACGCCCAGGAUGCCCUGCCGGAGCCCGUGGCACGACCCCCCAGGGCUCGUUCGGUAUCCGGCAGGAUAGCCACUCUCGCCCGGAAAACAUGGAUCUCGUCGUCUCGAUCUCCGUCUCCGGCUCCCAGAGGAUCCCGACGGAGUGCGGCUCCUUCUCGAGAACAAUCUCCUGCGAGACGAGAGCAGGCAUCAUCUGCCGAGUCAUCAUCUCCAAAGGGAGACUCUGAUGACACCAAUGCUGCCAGCCCGUCACGCAGAAAAAGCAUCUUGAGCAAAAGACCUCGCCGUCCGUUGAGCACCUUCGUCUCCCGAAGCAAGUCGGAUGAUCCCGCGUCGAGCUCGACGUCGGGCUCCCUACGAAGCAAAACCUCCUUCGAGAAGCUGACGUCGCUCCAUGUCUCGACUCCCGUUCUGCCUCCAGUUCCUCGACCUACGGCAACCUCCGUGCCCGCAACGGUGGAGGUUCCCCGGAAGAAGGAUGAGCUCUGGAGCGUGUUCCGAGGGUUGGAGUCGGACUAUCAAAAGUACGUCUUUUCAAUUGAAUUCAGUCCUGCUGGAUGUGCUAAUUUUUUUUUCUCCUCUUGUAGGUUUCAAUCCAAGUCCAAUACUCUCAAGGUCAACGUGGUUCGGUCAGCGCUUCUCCCUUUCCUCAACCGCUACGCCUCCCAUCCUUCUGUCAAGAAUCUACGACCCGAAGAUCUUGACCGCCGCGUGAAUAUCCUGAACAAGUGGUGGACGGGCUUACUCGAGAUGCUCAAUGGCAGGAAUCACCAGUCGAUCUCGGGAACCGACCGGCCCGUCUACCUGGAAGCAGUGGCCGGCAUCAUGAUGCGACCGGAAUGGCGGAUCCCCUUCAAAUCCUCCCAGCCGGCGAAUCCCGUUCAGAUGCAGCCGGCCUCGAUAGCGGGGUCGAAUACCUCACUGGAUUCGGGAGGAUCCGAUUUUCUGGUUGAGUCGAUCCAUCACAAUGUCCGAAACAUCUUCAUCCAGAAUCUCCUCUCCCAAAUGACGUUUGUCGUGGAAAGAAUGUCGAUGAGGCACGCCCCCGCGAGCCUCGUGGCGUUUUGCGGGAAAGCAUGUGCCUAUGCGUUCUUCUUCUGCCCCGGCGUGGCCGAUAUGCUGGUGCGAUUGUGGAACACGCCCCCCGACAUCCUCCGGCGAGUGCUCGCGGAGUCGGGUGUAUACCGGGGUCUUGAGGCACGAUCGGCAGCGAAAGAGCUUGCUCUGAGUUUUCCCCCUGCGGUGAGAACGUUGGCGUUUUCCUCUCAUGCUUCGCUGGUCCGGUACCUCCGUCAGCCGCCGGACAUGCCGUUGAGUGCAUCGCAGAUCCCAUGGCAUGGCCCGUGGCUGUCUCGUUGGUGCGGGCGAGACACCGACCUCUUCUUCGUCUUUGUCAAGUACUUCCACACGCUGUUUUCUGAGUUCAUCCCGCGGGACAUCGAGAAGUCGAAGCGGAUCUUUGCCCCGGGCAUCUUGCCGGUCCAUGGCCAACUGCUGGUGGUGUUGGAAGACACCCUCUACAAGCAGUCCGGUCCGCAGAUGCCCGAGAAUCCCCAUGCCGUCUCGUCGAUCACGUUUGACGAUUUCAUGGAAGGACCCGACGCGUCCGUCUCCGCACUGCCUCUGGGGUCCGCCAAUUGCCAUCGCUCGAUGGCGGAAAACCGCCUGAUCAUUCUCUUGCGGGAUUUCUUGUCCGAGUCUUCCCAGGAACCGACAGAGGCCCGACGGUUGUACGCCGAAUCGUUCACCAGCAUCAUGAAGGCGGCGGCGCGAAAGACCUCGCUCUUCGACCACAAUGCGUGUUUCGUGCUGUGCGACUUUAUCGAAGAGGCCAUCACCAUCAUUACGCGAUACUGUCAAUCGAUCAAGGAGGACCUCUUUGACUGGAAGUUCUGGCUCGAUGUCUGCAAACAGAUGACCCGCAGCCAUAAUGCGCUGACGGAAGUCCGGGUCUUUGCGUUUAUCUACUGUGUCUGGACGACCUGGACGAGCAAUGAAGAGAGGAAACGGGAUCUUUGCCUGGGGUUUCUGCUCCACGAGGAUUACUUUUAUCAUUAUUUCAGCCAUUGGAGUCCGAUGGUGCGCGCGUAUUUCCAUCGUUUGUUGUGUUGGAGGGUCGCUCGAUACAACAGCGACCCUUCGCCCACUGACUCGUGA